ACUCGACUGGUGUUAGCUAACCCCUGAUUCAACCGUUAGCAAAUGUCACCAUAGCUACAGAAAAGACGUUGAGGUUAUCUGAGCACUGCGGUUGAAACGUUGCUUUACAGUUGACGCCAGUGAGGUGCUUUUACCGUUAAUUACCAAUAGCUUAGCCGCCAUGGCAGAAAAGGCUCCUCUUCUUCAUUACCGACUCACCACCAGCGCCAGUCCGGAGCCGAAAGAUUGGUCCAAGCACGGCGGGGCGAAGGCGGGCAGAAACGGUCGACGGAGGAAGGACAAGACCGCCCGGAAGCUCGGGGUGGUGUUUGGCGUGGUCAUACCGACUUUACUGUCUAUGUUUAGCGUCGUUGUGUUUCUGCGCAUUGGAUUCGUUGUGGGUCAAGCAGGGCUCUACCAGGCCAUUGUCAUGUUCCUAGUGGCCUACUUAAUCAUCACGAUGACUGUGCUUUCUGUCUGUGCCAUCUCCACCAAUGGGGCUUUGGAUGCUGGAGGUGCCUACUACAUGAUCAGCCGAGCCCUGGGUCCAGAGUUUGGUGGCAGCAUUGGGAUCAUGUUUUUCUUUGCCAAUGUGUGCGGCAGUGCUCUCUAUGUUUUGGGUCUGGUGGAGGCCAUCAUGUCUACCUUUGGCAUCCCAGAAGAGGGUGCUGCAGGACUCCAUCAGGUGUUGCCCUCAGGAUACUGGUGGUCUCUGCUGUAUGGCACUGUCCUGCUCUCCUUGUGUUUAAUUGUCUGCUUGGUGGGAGCCCACAUCUAUGCCAAAGCCACCUUUAUUAUCAUCAUCAUAGUCGCGUCGGUUCUGACUACCAUCUUCAUCAAUUUUUUCAUUGUGGGGCCCAUUGUGGUGAUUCUCCCUGAUAGUUCUGGUCCAAACAGAACCAGUCUGGACACCGCCAAUUAUACCGGCUUCCAGCUCCACACCUUGGAGGGCAACCUAUUGCCCAACUACACAGUAGACUACACAACUGGUGCCAUGAUGAGUUUUGCCACAGUGUUCGCCGUUAUGUUUAAUGGCUGCACCGGGAUCAUGGCAGGCUCCAACAUGUCAGGGGACUUGAAAAACCCGAGCUAUGCCAUCCCAAGAGGAACACUUGCAGCUGUUCUUACAACUUUCAUCACAUACAAUGUGCUUAGUCUGCUGGCUGCGUGGACCUGCGACCGUCACCUCCUCCAAAAAGACUACAGUUUCCUGGGAGACAUCAACGUAUGGCCACCUCUGGUGACAGUUGGGAUUUACUCCUCCACCGUGUCUGCUGCCAUGAGUAACCUGAUAGGAGCCUCCAGGAUCCUGUAUGCUCUGUCCAAAGACAACCUGUUUGGUGGUGUCCUGGCCCCUGCAAGGAAAACCUCUCGAAGUGGGAACCCCUGGGCCUCGGUGCUCAUCUCCUGGUUGCUUGUACAGGUGGUGCUGUUUGCUGGUAAAUUGAACACCAUCGCUGGUAUUGUAACCAUCUUCUUCUUGUUGGUCUAUGCGGCUGUGAACUUGGCCUGUUUGGCUCUGGAAUGGGCAUCUGCACCAAACUUCAGACCCUCAUUCCGAUUUUUCACAUGGCAUACCUGCACUCUGGGUAUUCUCGGCUGCCUGGUCAUGAUGUUCCUGAUCAGUGCUAUUUAUGCAUUUGCCAGCAUAGCCUUUAUGCUGCUGCUGUUGAUGCUCAUCCACUACCUCGGUCCCAUGAGCAACUGGGGCUACAUCAGCCAGGCUCUCAUCUUCCACCAGGUGCGCAAGUACCUGUUGAUGCUGGAUAUGCGUAAAGACCAUGUGAAGUUCUGGAGGCCCCAGCUGCUGCUGAUGGUGGCAAACCCUCGCAGCUGCACAGGUCUCAUGACUUUCAUUAAUGACCUGAAGAAGAGUGGCCUCUAUGUGCUGGGACAUGUAAAGCUGGGUUUACUGGAUGGGUUGCCCUCUGAUCCUCUGCAGAGCCGUUACGACUCGUGGCUGUCUCUAGUGGACCAUCUAAACAUCAAGGCAUUUGUCAACCUUACCCUGGCAGACUCUGUCCGACACGGUGUUCAGAACCUGCUCUUCAUCACAGGCUUCGGUGGAAUGAGGCCAAACACCCUUGUCUUGGGUUUCUAUGAUGACUGCACUCCUGAAGACCACCUCCAAGGUAAAAUACUCCUGUCUACAGGCUUUGGCAUGGAUGCAGUGACUCCAUCCAUAGACCCCCGAGAGCAACGGUCUCCCUUCUUCCCUAAUGUGCGGGAUGCUGAGGAAGUCAAAGAUCUUCUGGAAGAGGAAUAUGUGUCAGUGAUUGCUGAUGCUGUAAAAAUGGGGAAGAAUGUGACACUGGCUCGUUACUUCAACCAGUUUAACCGGGAGGAGGCCUUGGGGACAGGAAGAAAGAUUGCAGGCUACCGAAACACAAGGGGGCCGUUUGUUGACGUGUGGCCUUUGAAUCUGCUUCGACCAGACAGCCGCGGUUACAUCGACAUCUGCUCACUGUUUCUGCUGCAGUUGGCCAGCGUGCUUCAAGAGACGCGUGCCUGGAGCCACGCAAGCCUCCGCCUCUUCCUGUGUGUGGAGGCUGGUCACAGUCUGAAGGAAGGGGAGGAGAAGAAGCUGCGGAUGAUGCUAAAGGAGCUCAGGAUUUCAGCUCAGGUGGAGAUGGUGGCAUGGGACCAGGUAGUGGCGCUGCACUGGCAGAGACAAGGAGGAAGAGAGAGCGGGAAUCUGGAGUCUGCACAGAAUGAGGAGAAGAGGGAGAAAGCAGAGGAAGAGGAAGCUGAGAAGGACAUUGGCAUCCAAGCAUUUCCCAAUAAUGCUGCUCAGCUGACAGAUGAGUACAUCUGUGCUGUCAACAAUCUGAUUCGCAGACACGGUGCCCCGCAGCCUGCUGUGCGUUUCCUGUAUUUGCCCCGGCCACCGGCAGACACAAACCGUUACCGUGCUUACCUGCACCAGGUGGACGUGUUGAGUCGAGACCUGGGCCCAACACUGCUCAUUCACGGGGUCACUCCUGUGGUCACUACUGACCUCUGAAAUGUUCAACUUAGCUCCAUCAACAAUCUUGAUCUGGUAUUGUUUGUCGGUGGGACUGUGCCUGUUGCCACCAGUUUAUUCACCUCGUAUUGAAGCUGUCAACUACAACAUCAGACCUGACACGAACAAGCAAACUAGUUUUAUGCUUGAGUCAAACCACAUUUCACCCACAAUUCGUGUUUCCCUUAUAUUCUUAAAACACUCAGG